GUGUUGACAUGGUCAAGGGCACUGAUGUCCUUUGCGUCCCGCAAGAUCGUCAUGGGUUGAUUGAACUAGGCAUCACCUCCGAGGGCUUUGAAGAUAUAAGAAGGUUGGAUGCCAGCUUCCGUUGACCAUCAUCAACAGUUCAAUCAUUACAACAGAGCUGGUGCUCACAUUCACAUCCUUUCGCUUGAUUUCUUGAUUUCUUCAGUCUUUCGCUUUCAUCUUUACUUCAAAGAACCAACUUUCAACCCUAGCCAACUUUUUUUCGAUCGAGAAAAUGUACUCCAAAUCCAUUCUCAUUGCUGCCCUUGCUGGCAUUGCGGCAGCCGGUCCUAUUGAAAGUCGCCAACUGUUUGGAGGUACUGGCAGCAGUGCGAGCGAGUUCAGUCAAGGCGGUUGCAAACCCGUUCUCUUUGCUUUUACCCGUGGCUCAACGGAAAUUGGCAACAUGGGAACUGUUGUCGGACCACCUACCUCGGAUGGUCUGAAGAAGACAUUUGGAAAAGACAGCGUUGCUACUGAGGGCAUCCCUUAUGCUGCUGCGCUCGGCACCAACGCACUUCCCGGUGGCACUGAUAGCCGAUCCAAGGAGCUCCUCAAGUCGACGCUCACCUCCAUGGCUUCAAAAUGCCCGGAUUCCGUCAUUGUGUCUUCGGGCUACAGCCAGGGCGCAGCGGUCAACCACCGCGCUAUCGAAGAGCUUGAUGCGGGCGUCAAGGACCAGAUUGCUGGCGUGGUGCUCUACGGCGACACACAAAAGCUCCAGGACCGCAACCAAAUUCCCGGCUUCCCAAAGGACAAGGUCAAGAUCAUCUGUCAGCCUGGUGAUGCUGUUUGCGUUGGUACCCUGGCCGUGUUGCCUGCACACUUGACGUACGGUCUCCGGGCCGAUGAGGGCGUAGAGUUCUUGGUGCAACAGAUCAAGGGUGCUCAGGCCAAGAUCAAGGCGAGGAAUGCGAAGCGCGAGGCUGAGAAUGCCGCAGCGGUUGUGGCCGACACUGUCAAGCGUGUUGCCAAGGCGAUUGUGGCCUAGGUUUGCUGUUGCUGAUUGACUGCAUGGGUCGGAGACUCUGCUGUGACUGGGUCACACUGUCAUUUGAUGAACAUACUAUUUCUUUUCUCUUUUUCUGCCGUUAGCCUCUUCAUAACUUACGAAUUCAUCGUUUUACGUCAUGAUGGUUGUACCCUAGUAAUCGAUAAGCCCUUGGUGUUUCCCGACCCCUGCUCUUGACCCCUCUCCACCUUUACCUUCAUAGUGUACUUGCAGCCACCACGACUCCCCAUCGAGUCCUAUUGUACGAUGGACGAAGCCUGGAGCACAUGUG